AUUUAUUUGUCGCAUUUUCUGCACAGCUGGUGCCAUGCCCACCACAGUCGCAGGCAACACAGAAAAUUCAAAGGGCUGCACCUAAUUUUCCUACAAAUUUAUUGACCUAAAAUUUGAUUUAUAUCUCUGCUCAGACGCGUAAAAUGACUGACCUUGACUUUUCUACACUGAUAUUUGUUGCAGAUAGACCCCACCUAAGGUGUGAGGCCUCCUAUAAAAAAGAAAACAGAGCUUCAUUUCAGUUGAAUUAGCUCCCAUGGCCGUGGGCACAGUAAUAAUUCCUGUUUGGUUAGGGGUUUUGAUCAUAGGCAAUUAUGGAUCCUAAGUAAUGGCUCAGCAAGUCUAUUCUCAGGACUACAGCGAAGAUUGCGACAACUUUCAUAACGAGAGCUCUGGUUACCUCUGCAAUGGCGCUACUAAAGAAUGCAAAACUUUUGCCCUCUACAGAGCUCAGCAGUAUUUCAUGUCCCUUGACAGCAUUGGCAGCCUUUUCAACACUAGCCCCGCCACAAUUGCCUCUGCAAGCGAUUUAUCAGUCUCCAAUUACUCCAAAUCUCUGGCCAAAGAUAAGGCCGUGCUUUUCCCCAUCGACUGCAAAUGUGCCGGUAAAUUCUCGCAGGCGAAUCUGACCUACACUGUUAAGGGCGAUGAUACAUACCUGAAAAUCGCGAACCAGACAUUGGAGGGACUCACAACAUGCCAGGCCAUGAGAGAGCAAAACCCUAAGGUCGGUGAGAAUGACCUGGAAACUGGAAUGAAACUGGUGGCGCCACUGCGCUGUGCGUGCCCUACUAACAAACAGCUGGACCAGGGCGUCAAAUAUCUGCUCAGUUAUAUCGCUGAUGUUGAGGACGACGACGAAACCAUCACCGCCAAGUUUAAAAUCCGCCAUGAAGAUUUCAUAUCUGCCAAUGGGUUGGAGGAAUCCAACCCUACCAUUUAUCCCUACACUACUCUGCUAAUUCCCCUAAAUGACACCCCUACCAUCCCUCCCACGGGGCCUUUCGCUCCUCCGCCUCCCCCUACCUUUACCACUUCGCCUCCCCUGAUUUUGAAUGCUCCUCCUUCCAAAUCCCAUAAUCGACUCCCUGUCAUCCUCAUAUCUGUUGUUGCUGCGCUGCUCAUUGUGGUGGUUCUUUUAAUUAUACUUGCUGUGUGCUUGAUGAAGAGGAGGCGCCGGGAAAUUGUACAGAAAACAGAGGCAAAAAGACUGGAGGCGGCUGAGACUCCCCAGGAAUCGAACCCAAUGCUCUCCGAGUUGUCGGAUCUACUGGGAUCUGACAGAUUAAUACAGUAUAACCUGAAAGAGCUCCGGGAGACCACCGACAAUUUCAGCGCGGCGUGCAGGAUCGAGGGCUCCGUUUUCAGCGGUUUCCUGCGUGGAAAGAAAGUGGCGAUAAAGCAGAUGAAAGGGGAAGUCUCAAAGGAGAUAAACUUGCUUCACAAGCUCCAUCACGCCAAUCUGGUUACCCUGCUUGGCAUAUGUCUCAGCCACGACGAACAACAUGUGUAUCUGGUCUUCGAGUAUGUAGAAAACGGUUCUCUGAGCAACUGGAUUGAGGGCGCAGGGGCGCGUGAUGCCCUUUCAUGGAAACAGAGGAUCCAGAUUGCUGUGGACAUAGCAGAGGGGUUGGAGUAUCUCCAUCACGGCACUAAUCCGCCUUGCGUUCACAAGGAUCUCAGGACCAGCAAUAUUCUCCUGGGUCACAGAUUUAGGGCUAAGAUUGCAAACUUCGGAUUGACUAAAUCCGGCGGAGGGGUUACUCCCCUAACUAGUCAUAUAAUCGAAACUCACGGAUACAUGGCUCCAGAGUAUCUCCGAGAUGGGCUAGUGACAACAAAGCUGGAUGUUUUUGCAUUUGGGGUAAUUGUCCUUCAAAUCUUAUCGGGCAGAAGGGCUGUAGAGACUUGGCGCUCCGGCCAUGGCGAAAGGCUUCUGUCGGAUGAGAUCAUAGAUCUGCUGCAGGGUGAAAAUGCCAAGGAAAAGCUCAGCGAUUGGAUAGACCCCAAUCUCCACGAGGCGUAUGAUUUGGAAGCGGCUUUCAGGGUUGGUUGUGUGGCAAAAUCAUGCGUGGAAAAAGAUCUGGCAUUGCGUCCCAGCAUGACUGAGAUCCGGGUGGAGCUUUCCAGCUUGACUGGAUUUAGUACCGCUACAAUGUCUUCUGAACUGGAACCACCACUUUAAAUAAAUUUUGUAUACGCUUAGAAUAAGCGCUCAUAGGUUAAGCCCAAGUGGAUUUUUCAUGCUUUUCAUGCUCAAGAGUCUAGGUUUGAGGUUUAGUUCCCCUCCAAAUUCCUUGAGGAGCUUUUUAAGGUUUGUACGUUUGCUUCACAUAUCCAAUCUAUUGAAAAACAAUACCUUUUUUUCUAAA